CAGCCCACGCGGAUCGGUCACUAUGGAGAGCAGCGAGGCAGCCAGAGAGAGCAGGACGAGCAGGAGCGAGGAGGACGGACAGAUUGUGCCGGAGUGCACACACACACACACACACACUCACAGGAACCAUGGAGAAAAGAUCCCCGCCAUCUAACGGACUGCAACUUUUAACAACACUUCUCACCUUUUACGGACUUACCUCAGAUGCCAGUGGGAACCAGGUGUAUGUUCCUGAGAAAGUGAACGCCGUGCUGGGGAAGAACAUCACUCUGGGCUGCAGAAUAGAGGUGGGCUCCAACCUCACGCAGAGCUCCUGGGAACGCCGUCUCCCUUCAGGCACCAUUACCUUGGCAGUGUUCAACCCUGAGUUUGGAACUUCCAUCUCCCCAGACUACACCAAGCGCAUCUCGUUUGUGUCCCCCUCUGUGCGAGAUGCUACCAUCACUAUUGAAGGAGCUGGCUUUGCAGACGUCGGGUCUUACACCUGCAAAGUGGUUACAUUUCCUCUGGGCAACACACAAGCAUCAACCUACGUAAAUGUUUUAGUGGAGCCAAAGGUGUAUGUGUCUGCCGGCCCCGCGGCUCUGCUGGAUGGUGGCAACGAGUCGCUGGUGGCGACCUGCAUCGCAGAGCGCGGCCGCCCCGCUGCGGAGGUCUUCUGGGAGACGGAGCUGUAUGGACGAAGUGAGAAGCAGAGUCAGGAUGAGGCCAACGGCACCACCACCGUACAUGUGCGCUACAUGUGGAACCCACAGAGCUACGCCCAGGGGAAGCUGCUCACCUGUGUGGUGCGCCACCCGGCCCUGCAAACAGAGUUCCGCAUACCCUACAUACUAAAUGUGCAGUUCUCACCAGUGGUGUCUAUAACGGGAAUUGAUAAAAAUUGGUAUGUGGGACAAGAGAAUGUGAAGUUCACCUGUGGAGCCAAGGCCAACCCGCCUGCCCGUCACUUCACAUGGACCAGGUUGGAUGGAGUGAUGCCAGAGGGUGUUGAUAUAUCAAACAAUAGCUUUGCUUUCACUCGUCCUUUGGAGCGCAAUGACUCUGGAGUGUACCGCUGCGAAGUGAUGAACGACAUCGGCCUCCGCACUCAAGAUGUCACCCUCUGGGUCCAAGAACCCCCCCCUACCACGGCCGCCCCCAGCACCACUGCAUCCCUCCGGAGCGACACCUCGGGAACGGGUACCGCCGCCGACCGGCGGAGAGCCCUGUUCACCUCCCCGACCCUGGCCUCCUUACCGGACAGCAGCCUGGGUACUAUUGUGGGCGGGGCUGUGGGCGGAGUGUUGUUCCUGAUCCUCUUGCUGAUUCUCGGAGGGGUCUGCUUCAUGCGACAGCGCAGGACCUUCAGAGGGGACUACUACACCAAACAGUACCUGGGACCCUCCGAUAUGCAGAAGGAGUCCCAGCUGGAUGUGCUGCAGCCGCACGAGCUGCAGGAGGUCUACGGGGAUAAGAUGAGCAAAGGCAGCCAGGAUCUGAAACCCAAACUGGGCGGGGACAUCAUUUACCCCGACUACACCCCUGACCACAAGGAUAGGGAUGACUGGGCCGACAGAGGGGACGCCCCCAGGGGCCUCAAGGAGGGAAACUACUACCCAGAUCACUACAACCCCCAAAACAUGCACCCCUGCGGGCCUCCUGUGCACAGCCCCGUAGUGACCAACGGCUCCCCCUACGUCCCGGAGGACUGCUACGACAACGGCACGGACAGCGACUAUGUGUCCCACAUGGACGGAUCUGUGAUCUCACGCAGGGAGUGGUAUGUUUGAGGAGAGGAAGGAAAAAAAAGACAAAUCAAAUGACUGACUGAGAAAGAGACAGAUUAUCAUUAUUUCAGCUAAAGGAUGAAAACUAUCUCUCAGUCAGUUUCACAACGAGCUCUUUGAACAUUACUGCUCUGCCUUGAUUGUAACCACUUAACCUUAAGGACGCGUAUUUGGAUUGUAUUACACUUUUGGAGAUUUUCAAGGAGCUGCAAAUAAGCUGAAACGCCUCUGUGAUAUUAUCCGUGCAGGCUCAAGAGGCUUUGGCAUACCGUGCUGUUUGGACCGAUGUGAAUGGGGGUUUGUAUUCUGCUUGUUUGCACCUGUCUUUACCACAGGUCAUAGGUCAGGUGUUCGGACCCUUGUUAGUGAAGUAUUUAUAUCCCUGACUGACCGAGCUCUGCUCCCAUAAAACCUCACAUCUUCUGUGGCAUUUUCCAAAUGGUCACUUGACUGCUCACAGCGUUUUCAUACUGUUGAAAUGUUGAUCAUGGCUGCUAGCAGUAUUUAAAGCAGAUUAUAUUGCAUGAGUUUUUACAAAAAGCUAAAAGUAUAAUUGAGUUAAAGGGAAGGUUUGUCAUUCACGUGAUUAAAAGGGAGAUUCAACAGGUAUUGUUCUGAGGGAAAAGCGAUCUGACUGAUGAGAGUAAACCAUUGCAAACCUGUGGUUAUGUUAUUUAGUGGCUUUUUUCUCCAAAUGUCUUCAGUAAGUUAUUAUUGAAAUAAUGAGCCGUCACCUGACAGAGAAAGGAUAUUCUCUAUGGAAGAACUUUUGCUUUCAGCUUCAGUUCAGCGUUUUAUUUUACAGAUGUCUUUGUUCUUAAAGUUGUAUUAGGUAGGAUUUCAGUCCUGGUUGAUGUAACUGGUUACCAUAGUAACAGCAAACACUCCUUGAGUAGCUACUUGGACAACUUGUGUAAUUAAAAAUGGUCUGCUGACAAAGAAAAAGAGCAGGAAAUUACAGUUGUCUUGUUUUGUAGGCGCCUUUUUGAUAACCAAAAUUGCUGAGUACUAACCUCAGUGACAGAAUCUUUCCGUUUCCUGCGGGUGCAUCACAAUAAAAGCUGGAUUACAUGCAUGCGUCCUUUCCUCUGAAUCUCUCUUGUUUAGGAAGGCAGUCCAGAUUAGUAGUGGUGGACUCUGCCACUACCAAUACUAUAUAUAAACUAUUGGAAGGUACUGCAAAAGAAAUGCCAGCCAUGCUGUUGUCAGAAGGGUAGAUUUCAUAAAGAUCCUAAGGAUUCCCAUCUUCAACCAAAACACUGUUAUCACUUUUGAAAUGUGUUAAUCCAGUCACUUUCUUGAAGUCAAAAAGCACAACUUGGUUAUUACAGCUGUCAGUAAACAUCAAAGGAGACCUAGCUUUGGCCCUCUCCACUUAGCCAUGAUAACAGGCUGCGUCGCUGUGUUUCCCAUUUCCCCUCCUCUGCAUCCUCUGAUUUCUGUGUGCACACAAACACCAAUUGGUCAUUAUAGAUUUUAUUUUAAACGUGGGAUCAAAGCGAUGAGUUAUAAAUACCACAUGUGACUUUCAUAGCUGUCAUGAUCUGACGCUAUGUGGCUCCAUAAACCACCGACAUUUCCCCUGCUCCGGCUCGACACCCCACGGUGAGGAGUCAUGACGCUAAAUAAGCAAACUACUUGCAGAGAGAGGAGCACUAAUAAACUGAUCCUGAAAGCUUUACUUUAUAUGUGUUUGAAGUAUGAUUGUGGAAAUACCUCCCAGCACAAUUGGAAACGCUGAGCGGCUGACAUCACUACUGAUCACAGAACAGGCUAGGAUGUUGGGGUUUGGCUCCUCCGCCGCUCGUCUGAAGAUAUACAGCCAUCAUGGAAACUAGAAAUUCAAUCCACCAGUGAAAAAAUCUGUUUCGUAACCAUGUAGGUUAGAGCUGGCGGUGUAAUAGCUCCCAAAGGGAUUUUUUCCUCAAACAACAAACCCAGUGUCGCUCCGUUAAAACAACAGAGUUGACAUCAUACUUGAUCUCAUCUCUCACUGCUUGAUCUGACCCUUUUCCACUUAGCUUUUUGUUUCCUCAGGAGUGAUAUAUGUAUCAAAGUGGCCUCACGUGAAAGGGAAAACACAACCCUUUUUGGAAAGAUGCCCGUGUAGUCAGUCAGAUGGUUUGUUGCAGGAAGGAGGAACUAUAUAUGUGACACAGUCUGGUCAGGACGGGGGGGGUAUAUGUUGAGGUGUUCUUAUUGGGGUUUAUAGAUUGAUGGUGCACAUUUUCUUAUUUUUCUUUCCUUAACCGUUCUUCACCCUUGUGUUCCCAUGCCAGGGCUUUGGUGGAAGGUUUAGAUGUCUGAGAAUAAACUACUUUAAUCUCGCUCUCACUCUCAUUGCUGCACACACCCCUCCGCCACACAUCUGCCACUGCAGCCCGCAAUCCAGGAGAAGACCUCGCCUCCAACCUUCAGCUUUUUAAUUAACUUUUUUUUCUCUUCAUCGCGACUUGGCAACUUCUGUGCCCAAAGUCGGUGACAUAUAGCACAUCCGUGUUUGCAUGUGCGCAUUUUUCAUUCAUAGCUUUAAACUCAUUUGGUAAAGACGCUCUGCUGUCUCUGCUUUAAGAAAUGCUUUCAUUCAUUUGGUGUGUGUCAUCUCUUAAGACUGUUUGACAAAAGCAAAAAGAGCUGAAGUGAUGAAUGUUUGUAAAGGAUCACUCUCCAACUGGUUGCAUGUAAAUUAAGUUAUUCGAUACCUACUCUGUUAUUAUUUGUCAUCACCCAUGUGGUUUAUUUACAUGUACAUAAUGCUAAUAGGUUAGCGUAGGGUUAGCUGUUUGAUUUAUACGCUCAUGUACAGUUUGGUUCUGGUCUCCCCUACUGAAUAGUUGGUGCCUUAGACGGGCUGCGCAAUGCACAGAAACUUUGAAAAAUGGCAAGCAUUAAUAUAAAGGAUUUAAAUAUCAUUAAAGAGGAUGACUGACUGGUUCUUUAAUAUGUCUUCCAUCGUUAUAUUUGACAUUUGCUGAUAUUAAAACAUCAGAAUAGACAAAAGGUUGUUAAGCCUUAUACACUUUGAGAGGACACAUGUAACAAGUUCGUUACUGAGACAAUUGUAAUAAAAACCUUCACUGGGAAUUAAAGCAAGCCAGAUUCAAAGAAAAUAUUAUCGUCCUGUAAAUAUGCUGGCUGUUUUUUUUAUUAUUAUUAUCGAAAAAUCUUAUUUUUUGUAUGAGGUCUGUACUUUUCACAGAGUUUUCGUUUAUCUUACGUGUGUUUGAGGAGCUCAUGAUUAGUGCGAGCCUGUUUUCACCGCAUUUUAUAUUUGUCCCCAAAGGUUUCUGAACCAAUUAUUUUCUAUGUUGUUGUUUGAAUGAUUGGAUCAGAGGUUAAAGUGCGGCAGAUUGUAUUUUGUUCUUUUGUUUGCAAUAAAAAAUACAUCAUCAUUA